UGUCACUUGAAGUGCAUCUGUUGUUUUGAAUGCCCCCUUGCAGAUCUGCUCAGACUUUCGUCGUUUACUGGAUUUUCUCGCUUCAUUUGUAAGUUCUAAGUCUUCAGUUGUAAAUUGCAACACAGCAAGUACAUUUAAGAGUAGAACUAACAGUUUCUACGAAUUUUAAUCUCAGCGCAAUUGGCCUUGUUGAGAGAAUGAUGAAUUCCGCGAGCAUUUCGAUGAAAACCCGAGGUUUCAGUUUUAAGUGGCUUGUCAUCGCUGCCGCUUUUCUCCUUAGUACUUGGUGCAGUCGAUGUACAUUGGGGGCACCACUUCCGUUGGCUGACUCGAGUAAACCCCCCAAAGAAGUCGUUGAUUCAGUCACAUACGAAACAGCUCUGGUAAGAUAAUAUUAGGAUAUUUUUAAGAAACCACAACGGCGACGCCAACGAGGACGUGGUAAAACAAAAGAUUUAAUGGGGAGAAAAAUAGCUCAGCACGUGCGUUUUAAAACUUUUUACAUUUCUUAGCCGUCCUUUGCAAAACAGCAAUGUGAAAUCGUCAAAAUUUGCGUAGUCUGGGGACAGAUGGGCAGACGGCAGAUUAUUUAAUUUUCCAUUUGGAACCCUAAGCUGUUCAGAUACGUUUACUGAAGUUGAGGUGUGGCGCCGUUACAGACAGUAACCUCAUCCAGCCAUUCGCGAAAUUUAUUAUAAAUUGACGUCUUCCUCGGCGUUUUCGUUCUGAUUGCCUAAGGUCUCAUAUGUUGUGAAGUUCACUCCAGUUUAUUUAGCGUUAUUUAAAAGACUAAAUUUUUGAGCCAUUAGCAGUACGAAAAGGAAAACUUAAAACGUUACAUCAGACAGCUAUGAGGAUCUAGAAGUCGUUUGCAGUCUUACAGAAAAAUCUCUCUUGAGACUCUGAUUUAUUCUCAGAACCCAUAAAAGCAACAGACUAUUUUAAAUGGAAUCGAAGCACGCGCGCUGCAAUUAAAAACAGAUCGGACUAAAAUCGUUAUCUCUUUCUCAGAUCAACUCCAAGAAAUUUAUCCUCUGAUAUCUUUGGCCCAUAUGGUCGGUUGUGCUUUGCUAGUUCACUAACUACAGAGAUGUUUCAGUAAAGUUUUGUGCAAUUGUUGUGUAGUGCAAUUCCAAGAUAUUUGGCUCUUAAACAUAGCUGAGGCGUGCUUUGAGGUUUGUAAAUUAGAAAACAUUUAUAGUUUUGAUUGCACGCGUUGAUUAAAUUACUUGGCCGAAACUUAUACUCCUGAUAAGAGACUCUAAAAAAGCUGUCUUAAGAUAGUUUAUCGCGCAUUAUCUGCUAAAUUAAGAGCAAAUUACCGAUGAAGCCUCAAAGAAUUUAAAAACUGUUGAACGAAAUAGAAACUACCCGAGAUCUGAUCGUUAAUGGAUUCCUUUUGAGAUCAUUGAAAAAGGGUCUAGGGCACGAUGUUUCACUCUCGAUGAAGUACACUUUGCACUUAGACCAGGUAAAUUCAACAGCGGUCCUCGCCUACAAAAUAUUUAUGUUAGAUACUAACUGCAGAUAAAUAUGAGAAAAAAAAAAACUUCAUUAAAAGGUGCGAAAAUCAAAUUUAGACUUUUUCGACGCAAAUUAAACAACUCUUUUGAGAGGUCAACAUGAUAACACUGCACCGCCACAUUUCAACUGGGAAACUGUUUCCCAUUGAAACCACACCAAAACCUUGAUUUCGUAUGUCUACUACCUGGUAAAUGUUCUGUAACAUUCUCAGACAGUUUUUGACUAAUAUUAAUUCCAACCAAGUUCAACGGGUUCAUUUUGAGUCGUUUUCACCCCGUCAGCGAAUUAAUUAAUAUUUUACAGGUGUUGGUAUUUCCCUUCACUCGAUAAGCGCAUUAAUUACAUACUAACCCAGCCUGUCAUGCCCCCAUAUAUGAUGUUAGACUCCCUCCCCCCCUCCCUUCGCACUAUAAAUUUGGUCUGCGUUAGAGAAUUACAGCACAAGUAAGUAUGCCAUUGUGUUUAAGUUUCCGUGCUGAGCUUACUGGGGCUGACUCGAUUGCAUUCAGUUAGACUAUGUGUUCCGUUUGCUUUAUUAUCCAAAAAUGGGGGUCACGCGCUUCCUAAGAAUCCAACCCCCCCGCCUCUCCACCCUUGAGAAACUGAUGUGUCAGGCGUAUACUAAGCCAUGGUCAGUGUUCAAUCUAACUCUUUAAACCAAAACGUUAAUCCCAUUUGUAGGAAUGGAUGAAAAAGUACAAGGUUUUUAAACCAGGACAAGACAACAACUUUACCGAAAUGAUCUCAAACGUACAGCGCAUGGCUGGGUUAAGUGUCACCGGGGAAUUGGAUUUCGACACCAAAAAAAUGUUUGUCAUUCCUCGAUGUGGAAAUGUGGAGAAAAACGACGAGCCACACCGACAUGAAGAGAAAAAAGGAAAAAACAAACGUUCUGUUUACUUUCAAAGAUACGUGGACCUGUUUUGUGCAGCUCGAGGGGUACGUAAGACCUAAACAAGAGAGAGAGAAAGAUAAGCUUGCAAGUAGACAGACACGAAGACAAUAUCGGGGUCAUUUCGGCUCCUCGUCAGCGGUAUGGUCCCCGAAAAUACCGCUGGCAAGGAGCUUAAUGACCCUGGGCUCAAGAUUGGCACCAAGACAUAGGUUCCUUUGAUUCGUUGUGUGAUCCUUUCGACGUAGAUUGCGUGACAUGAAAAACAUAACUACAUGCAAUUAAAUUAUCUGUUUCCUCGUUGAUCAACGAGCGAUGAGUAAAAAUGAAAGGAAUAAACACCUAAACAAUAAAGGCGUAUUAGCGAGGUGUUAGAAUCUCACAAGUUGGAAAUCGUCAAGAUGUUAUGUAAGGUAAACAACUCCUUUUUCCAUCUCAGGAAAUGAUCUCAACAAUUAUGUCCCACCCAUAUGCUGGGGGACAAAUUUCAUUGCUGAGCAGAUUGUUGCGACGUUUGGCGAUUUAUGUUCCAGCCGGAUCAAGAUGCCGAGUUACGAAGCGCUCGACUCAAGAUGACCAAAAGAGCAAAGUUCUUGUUCGAUUUGUGAAAGGAUCACAUAGUGAUCCGUACCCAUUUGAUGGAAAAGGAGGAACAUUCGGACACGUGUUUUAUCCAGAUUCCAGCAAGGGUGAGAGAAACGUUUUUUUUUUUUCUCUGGGUGGUGUAUCUUAGCAAUAAAGGACUAGUGGCCUGGGGAGAGGGGGGGAGUUUGUGGAUGAUGUGGCAUGGUUUUCAACGGAGGGGUGAUCAUUCGCCACUAACACAGUAUUAAAGGGGGGGACUGACUGCCAACUAACUGCCAAUGAAAGAAAGGGAUCAUAAGAAUAUAAAAAGCCUUAUGGUCCCUAACAGAAAGCCAACAAAUCUCCAUUCAUUCAUAUAAAACAUGUCAAUAUUAGUUUUUUUAGCUUCGGGUUUAUAAAAAAAAGAACUAAUCCGAAAAAAAAAUUGUAAUGUCCAAAUUGCUUCCGUUUUGACUCUACACCAGAAACUGGACAAUCAAUCAACCUCUAAAUUUCUCCACCUUUUUGGAUUCACUACCCUAAGCUCAGUCGGUAACUUUUUCUAUGAAAUGUCACAGUAUUAGUAACUCGGGUCAAAGCAAAUAGUUUGAGAAUUUUGGCAUGUUUUAUAAAGAACAGCGGUGUCCGAUACAAGCUCGCUGAAAAUAGCAUCAGAUGGAGGAAGAAAGAGGACUGCCCUAAUAGAGUCCGGUGGAGGUCCAUGAUUGAUGCCCCAUGGUCCCAAACAUGAGCGAAGAUGGUCUAAUCUAAACUUAGAAAGAACAAAUAGUUACCGUGUAAAAAAUAAAAAAGAUUCGUCGAUUUUUGGCCGUUACGUUUGCAGCAAUUGUAGCAUCCCGAAAUAAGCCUAAUUUAAUACUAUUCACUCAUUUAUUGCCAUAUUUUUUUCAGAUUUACCUGUUGAGGUCCAUUUUGAUGACGAUGAAACAUUCACCACAGGAACAGACAACGGCAUCAACUUAUACUGGGCGGCGGUUCAUCUACUUGGACACACUAUGGGUCUGAAGCACUCCCGCAAUCAGGAGUCCAUUAUGUACCCCUGGUAUAAAGGUUAUCUGCCGGACUACAAGCUGAGCAGGGAUGAUACUCAACAGAUACAGGCCCUGUUUGGUGAGUGCACUUUCCGAAAGCCCUAUCACCUUGAAGGAAUCGUAGACAUCACUUUCACAAAAAAAAAUACCUCUAGCGUAGUAUCCGGAAAUGAGCGUAAGGAAAAUAAGAAAAGUUGGCAAGGCGAGCACCGUGGCUUUAAAUAAUGAAAAGCGAAAUAAAUUAAACAGCAUUUAUCUAUAAGUGCGUAAUUUCAUUCCUGAUUCAAUGUUUUAUUGGAAAUAUUUCUUUCCUCAAAACUUCCUAGAUUUUCACUAACCCAACUUGUAUCUGUUGGUAUAAUCACGGUUUCUUACAUCGUCGUUUACUUUCCCUUUGAGUGCCGAACCUAAUCUGGGACUGAAUUAGUCUUGCUUUACUUCGCUUUGUGAUUGGUCCCAAAAAAACUCUCGCCACUCUCUUAACCAAUCAGAUGCAAACGUAAGCCAAUCACGCCUCAGUCACCUGCGUUUUCCCGCGUUUUGGUCAAUUUGAAGGUUUUUUAAUUAUCAUUGGUUCCUUACGGUACUCUACCUGACAGUGAUUUGCCGUCAUGGUUACAAAGUUUUUUGUACUACGUGACACUAAAUCGAAAAGGGCAGUGGUUUAUUUCAAUGGAAGAGAUACACGUGACGCUUGUUUAUGAAAGUGCUGAAAUCUCGAGCUUUUUAAUGAUUUUGAACUCUCGAUUGUCAGUGGUAUUUAUUAAACUCUUCAUUUUGAUAAAUGAAAAAAUCAUCUUUUUUUUUCGUGCAUUCAUGCAUCUUUAGCGGGAAGUUUACCAGCUCAUGGAUGGGACACGACCACCAAUCAAUCUCGGUUCUGGAGCCCUCGUUCUGUUAACUGUUCCGCUGGAUAAAAAUAACGGAGGCAACGAUAGCUAAAUUGCCUAUUGAUCAGUUAUGAGGAUAGAUAGAAGAACCUUUUAAUUACAAAUUUAUGCUCAAGAACGUAUGAUUUUUAUGGAUACUACAAUUCGAUGUAAUUUUCAGGCACAUCUACCGCGACUGAUGUAAAGAACGCACAGGAGAUUCUACCAAAAGUUCUAAAACAACACCUCGACCCAAACAAUGAAAAGAUCACUAAAGCUGCAAAAGCCAGAAAAACAUCGGCCCAACUGGUUACCAAGGAAACUAUCACCGUGAAAGCCGAAGGGGUACCAGCGGAAGCUUAAUUGGCCGUUGACAUUUGGAGGGAUGUUCCCAAAACGCCAGAUUAGUAGUUUUAACUCGUUCAACCAAAUAGCUCUUUUAUUUCUAUUAAAAAAGUUAACCUUUUUUCUUUAACUGAAAUAUAACCGUGACUUGAUUUAUUAACUUACCAGCUAUAGAGGAUACUUGACUAUGUAAUAGUUUUAACUCGUUCAAAACUAGUUUUUUUGUUUCUUUACAAGAAGUUAUGCUUUUUCUAGUAACCGAAGUGUAAGUUGAUAUAUAAGCUUACCAGACAUAUAGAAUGCUAGUCUAUAUGCUAAGUUUUAACUAUUUUAGCCAUUUCUCUUGCUUUGCGAGAAGUUCAAGUUUUUCUUGUAACUAACAUAUAACUUUAUGUAUUAGCUUACAAACUCUACAGAAUGCUAAACUGUUUGAAUGGUUUUAAAAGAUUAUACAAAGUAAGGGUCUUUUAAUUCUUUCAAGGAGUUGAAGUUUUUCCUAUGACGAUAUGUAACUUGAUGUAUUAGCUUAUCAACUACAUAAACAUCGACACAAACUAAAAAUUAUACAGGAGCUUUUGUUACCUUAUUUCGCUUACAUUUACACAAUGUAAAGUAAAUGUUAGUGUUCAGUAAAAUAUUUGGUAGUUCAGCUGUAUUAAGCAAAAUACAACCAAGGGCGUAGCUAGCUAUCUGAUGAGUACCCUCUGUUUGAUACAGUGUGACCCCCUUUGAAAAAUCGUGGCUACGCCUCUGAUAAAAUACAGCUCAUGUCUAUAUUCUCCCACGAUGAAAAAACAAGGUGCUUAAGGGCAGGUGGAUUAUAAUACAUAACUUUAGUAGAGAUUACUAAAUUUUAGUAACCACUACCACACUAAAUGCACGCACAGAGUCGAAAAAUCGUCAUCCACAAUGUAGACCCUGUUAGGGGAGGGGAGCGGGGUAUUUCUGUCCCCCGUCUUAGUUUCAUACCUAUUCACGUCGCAAUUUUGGAAGGUUCCCAUGUCGCUGUCGGAAUUUUGUCCUAAGCCAUAGAUAUCGACAUUGGAAAUGUUAAAGUAUAGACUGUUUCACUUAGAUGAAUUCGCGUAAUUCUGUUCCCAAAACAUUUUCGGAUAAUUUUCAACCAAAUUUAAUAGCCUUACAAAGUGGGACAUGGGAAGACCGAGAGAGAAAAAACCCAGAAAAGGUCAAAUCUGAAUUUUGAGCGCGUGACCAUAAACGACACAGAGCGUGACGUGAUAUGAAAGAUGAGAAGAGAAGAUGACAAAAGAGAGUCAGACGACAUAGGUCACACCACAGGCUGCCUAGGCUCACGUCUCGAGAAAAAGCAAACGAUUAAUUCAUGAAAGCGUCACGCGUUGUGUGACAGGGCGUUAACACUCCGAUUUCGACCUUGUACCCAAGUCUCUUUCGCGGCCGUGUCCAGUCUGCGUGUUCAAAGCAUAACCAGAAAGAAGCUACCUUGGAAAUUCAGGUAGAAAACGCUCGUUUCCAGCGAAAUGCGCGUGAAGUUUUAGUAUUGAGACAUGUCCCAGGGUGCAGUGAUCUUAGAUCGUAAAGUGUGGCUGAGAAAAAUGCCAAUCGGGAGGAUUUUCGGGGCGCAAACCACCUCCGCGUGGACCACGGUCGAAAUCGGAGUGUGCAGCCUUGACUUCGUCUUUUGACAUGGAUAACAGUGAUGGUAAAGCAAGCUUAAAACGGCAGAAAUCGCCAGAAACUACGACGGAUACACAGGGCACGAG